UGCAUCGCAACAACAUAUCGAAAUGUUUUAUUUCCUGUACAUUUUACUCCCAAUGUGUUCUUUCACAACGCAAACGUUAGUGAAGUGGUUACCGGAUUCAAGCUUCAAUUUACCUAUUAAUUUUAAAAAUGGUGAACUUCCAUGUUCGAAACAGACAGUUAUAUUCCCCGAGAGCCUUGUAGGACCAGUGAAAAUGAAUUCUGAAACGAAUGUAAAUUCAUUUGUGUUACCCAUCGACGGCGAAAUUGUUCUGGAGGGGACUAUAAAUUUAGGAUUGGAAAUUGGGGAUACGCAAUGCAAAUCGAGAUCCGGCUGCCCGUGUCAAGAUACAUUUUUAGAAACCGACUGCUCAACGAAAUACUGCCCGGUACCAACUUGUGUACAUCCCAUUAAACCUAUUGGGCAUUGCUGUAAAAUUUGUGGUGGUUACAUUUUCUUUGACGUUACUAAGAGUUUCGACAUGAUGGACUUUAAAGAACUUGUACAGAAGGUAGUAGAAAGUUAUGGAACAGAUAAAUUGGAGUAUCACAUAGGGAGAUUGCCAAAUGAUAAAGCGCAACUUGUGAUAGUUGAUAAGGAGGAGUAUGAGGGUACGAGUGCGGAGGUACUGAACAUGAUUGAUUACAACAUGAAGGAACAUUGGGUGGAGGGUACUAAAUAUGCACAAAUAAGUGGGAGUCCUCUCUAUAAAUCUGGAAUGGGUGGGAAAAUUUUCAUAUCAAUGUUCUUUGUAGUUGUUUGUACGAUCGGUAUGAUAUAUGUUUACUACUAUAAAGUACCAGAAAUCAGAUACCCUAUUAUGGGUAGGAGCUUGCCGAACUUCUUGGCGAGGAUUCAAAGACGCAGUGAUAGUGUAGUGUCGCUAACAAGACAGGAUUCCGUGAUGACCAGAGCUGGUAGAACAGCGUUCAGGAAUCCUUUGUAUGAUUCUAAAAGGGGGCGUGUGCAAGUUGAAGAUGAGGUUACGACGCAAUAGUUAAAACUUACAAAUUAAUUUCCUAUGUUAUUACAUACAAUUAUAUAGUUUU